GCUUGUCCCGGUGGGGGUGGUGCUGCUGCAGUGUGUGUGUCUCAUUCUUCAGGAGGAGCUGAGCAGAGACAGCGGAGUGUUUCUCCUCUCAGCGCCCGGCUCAUGAAUGAACAACACAUACACACACACUCACACACAGAGACGGGACUGUUGAGACCCGCGGACUCGGUCUGACAGCGGCGCCGUCCUCUCUCCUCCAGCCCGGCCAGGGUGCACCGUCUUCGGGCUGCUCUCUGCGCGGACCCUCUGUGUUCUUCCGGAGCUCCGCCACCUGGCUGCUGGCUGCCCGCCCCGCUCCGCUCCGUGCUCUCUGCAUGUGGGUGUUCGUGUGAGCGUUGGAGGACAGUUUCUCAGAGCUGCUGAGAAACACACACACACACACACACACACACACACACACACACACACACACACCUUGUGGAUUGGAGGCUACGCAGUGUUUCCCCGUGUUUCUGGAUGGAUUUUUGAUGGUUUACAAACCCGCUGGAUUAACAUAUGGACUGACUGAACUACAGUGGAAGUAACAACCUCCAGAUCUACACACACACACACACCACACACACAGGCUGGAUUUUCUCCGGAGGUUCCUGCGACUGAGCUGCUUCUCCUUCACAGUUUUUUUCCCGCUGUGGGAUUUACAUCUGCGAAUCUGAUGAAAGGAUGCUGCAGGGACCUGACGAGGGACUGAGCCCAACCUGAACCCCUCCCCCCUCUCCUCUCCCGACCCUCAGAGCCCUCAGCGCCGCCGUCCCACCAUGAACCUGCUGUGCCGCGGGCGCCUGAAGCUGCUGGUGGCGUCGCUCACGGCUGUCGUGCUGCUCACCUGGCUCUACCUGCUGGCCGGGAACCUGGAGAAUGGCCGCUCCCUCCUCCUGGCUCCCUGUCUGGCCGACACACCGGCGGCUCAGGUCCUGGAGCGAGCCGUGCUGGAGUCUCGGGUCCGAGAGGUGGAGGAAGAGAACCGGCAGAUCCGGCUGCAGCUCAGCCAAUCACAGGGCACCGCCGCCCAGCCACAGGAGGGUAACUACGGCAACCAGCAGUGGGGAGCAUCCGCUGACACGGGACCCGAGGAUGGGGACAACACGGCCGAGGAGAAGAACAACCACACGGAGUGUCCUCGAUCGCCCACCGUCCAGAAGUGUGAGCUCAUCCAUGUAGCGUGCGUUUGUGCCGGUCACAAUGCCAGCAGAGACGUGGUCACGCUGGUCAAGUCCAUCCUCUUUCACAGGAGAAAUCCUCUCCACUUUCACUUCAUCACCGACACAGUAGCCAAUCGGAUCCUGAGCUCUCUGUUCCAGUCCUGGAUGGUCCCCUCGGUGCAGGUCAGCUUCUAUGACGCAGAUGAACUCAAGUCCGAGGUGUCGUGGAUACCCAACAAGCAUUACUCAGGUAUUUACGGCUUGAUGAAGCUGACGCUAACCAAAGCUUUGCCCUCAGACCUGAGCAAGGUCAUCGUCCUCGACACUGACAUCACUUUCGCCACCGACAUCGCCGAGCUCUGGGGCAUCUUCAGGAAGUUCACUGAUAAGCAGGUGAUCGGCCUGGUGGAGAACCAGAGCGACUGGUACCUGGGGAACCUGUGGAAGAACCACAAACCGUGGCCGGCGCUGGGACGAGGCUUCAACACGGGCGUCAUCCUGCUGUACCUGGAGCGGCUGCGGCGGAUCGGCUGGGAGCAGAUGUGGCGGCUGACGGCCGAGAGGGAGCUGAUGAGCAUGCUCAGUACGUCUCUGGCAGAUCAGGACAUCUUCAACGCCUUCAUCAAGCAGAACCCGGUCCUGGUGCACCAGCUGCCCUGCUUCUGGAACGUCCAGCUGUCGGAUCACACUCGCUCCGAGCAGUGCUACACCGAGGUGUCCGACCUCAAGGUGAUCCACUGGAACUCUCCAAAGAAGCUCAGAGUGAAGAACAAACAUGUGGAGUUCUUCAGGAACCUCUACCUGACCUUCCUGGAGUACGACGGGAACCUGCUGAGGCGAGAGCUGUUCGGCUGCCCGAGUCAGGCCAGUCCGGAGAGCGCCCAGCUGCAGGCAGCGCUGGAGGAACUGGACGAGGACGAUCAGUGCUAUGACUUCCGGCGGGAGCGACUCACCGUGCACAGAGUGCACCUGUACUUCCUGCAGUACGAGUACACGCCCACAGGGGACGACACCGACAUCACGUUGGUGGCUCAGCUCUCCAUGGACAGGCUGCAGAUGCUCGAGGCCAUCUGUAAGCACUGGGAGGGUCCCAUCAGCCUGGCGCUCUACAUGUCCGACGCCGAGGCUCAGCAGUUCCUGCGUUAUGCUCAGGCCUCUGAGGUCCUCAAGAACCGAAAGAACGUCGGCUACCACAUCGUCUACAAGGAGGGCCAGUUCUACCCCGUCAACCUGCUGAGGAACGUGGCCCUGAAGAAUGCCAACACGCCCUAUGUGUUCCUGACCGACGUGGACUUCCUGCCAAUGUACGGCCUCUACGAUUACCUCAGGAGGUCUGUGGUGCAGCUGGACAUGGCUAACACUAAGAAGGCUCUGGUGGUUCCAGCCUUCGAGACGCUUCGUUACCGUCUGAUCUUUCCCAAAUCCAAAACCGACCUGCUCCCCUUGCUGGACGACGGGAUUCUCUACACCUUCAGGUUUCACGUGUGGCCUAGAGGUCAUCUUCCCACCGACUAUGCCAAAUGGCGAACAGCCACCACAUAUUAUAAGGUGGAGUGGGAGCGGGACUUUGAGCCGUACGUGGUGGUGAGUCGGGACUGUCCAGAGUACGAUCAGCGAUUCGUGGGCUUCGGCUGGAACAAGGUGUCCCACAUCAUGGAGCUGGACGCUCAGGAGUACGAGCUGGUGGUGCUCCCCAACGCCUUCAUGAUCCACAUGCCCCACGCCCCCAGCUUCGACAUCUCUAAGUUCCGCUCCAGCUCCAGCUACCGCAACUGUCUGAACACCCUGAAGGAGGAGUUCCACCAGGACCUGUCCAGGAAGUACGGCUCGGCGGCGCUCAAGUACCUGAAGGCUCAGAGGAACAUCUAAAGAACCCAGCUGCUGAGAGCCGGCGAGUCCGUCAGCCUCCGAGCUCCUGACUGACGGAGGAGGCCCGAGAGCUCGGACACGAACUGACGCAGCUCUGCGUCGCGGGCCGCCUCGCCGCACGGCGCAAACACUGACGGUAAAGCUUUACAGCCCUUUGGAACUUUCUUGGGCUCCUGUGCAUUAAUUCUCCAGUCGACUCCACCUCAAAGUGACGAGGACGAGACGCAGAGACGAAAACCCGGAUGGAGGGACGGCUGGCUGGGCUGAGAGGGCAGACACUGACAGGACUAGCUUUAAGGCCGGGAAAUAACAACCAUAUUCUUACAACUUGUUCUGACAAUCAGGGCUUUUUUCCAGAAGACACACAAUGAGAAAGUCUGUGCACGCGGACACCUGGACGCGACGGGACCUGUGUCCUUCCUGGGAAAGAUUUAAAAGAGAAGACUAUAUUUGAAUCAUGUCUGAGGCCAGUCGAACUGGAGAAAGAUUUAAGCCUUAUCACUUUCCAUGGUAUUUACUGAGAUAUUUAAUAUUUUCUUUCUUUCCUUUUUUUCAGUGUAAAUCAGAACCAAUGAAUAACCAACAUUGGCAUUUACAAUGUUUUGAUUACGACUUUACAUAAGAAUCAGUUUAUUUUUUCCUUUCUAUAUUUUCUGACCUCUUGAAAAGAAAAUCCAUCUUGUCCCGGGCGAAUAAUUUCAGAUUUUCUGUGAGCUUCAGGGAUGUGCUUUGUGUGUGUGUGUGUGUGUGUGCGUGUGUGCGCGUGUGUGUGAUCCAGCUGCAUCAUAUGGCUCGUCUUCAAGCUUACUGAUUGUCGUCGAUGUCAUUCUGGCUUUUUGUCUUGAUCACAUAUUUGUUUGCAUGUAAAGAGUUGCACUACAUGUUUUCCCGUGAGAAAAUAAUCUUUUUUUGUUUGUUUUUUCCAACAUUCAUCAAAUCAAAUCUAUUAAUGAUAAGAGACCUAUCAUUACUGAUUGGGACCAACUCACCUGACCACUACUGAUACCUGACAGUGAGUUGUUGUUGAUGAAGCUCUUCGCUCUGAAAUUAAACUGCAACUUUUUGGACGAAGAGCAGGAGCUGAUUUACUUUCUCGUGUUUGUGCCGUUUCAUCUCUAAAGAGUCUGAUCACUGGAUAAAUGUGCCAUCUACUGUUCCCCUCACCCUACCCUGCUUUUAUUUUGGAAAGUCCAACUGAAAUAACAAAUCCAUAUCUGUCUGCAGUCAUUUAGUUAUAGAUGAGAGUUUUCUUUUGCGCUCCUUUAGCCUCCUAACCAAAACAAACAAAAAUUAGCACAUUAAUACAGAAUCUGUAGCUACGGGACAAUAUUUUAGUAUCAGAAGCGUUGUGGUUUUGCAUUAAGGCAGAGUUUAAUCAAUAUUAUCCAUGUGGAGAGUAAAAGACGCAGAUUGGCUAAUGCUGAUGACUUAGCUUUUUUAAAAAUGAUCUGCAUUUAUAUUAGGGUUGGGCGAUUUGGCCCUAAAAGAACAUUACGAUAUUCCAGGGUAUUUUUGUGCAAACGAUAUUCUUGAUAAUAUUAGAAAAUACUAAGGAACAUAUAGAGCAUUUGACUUCUUAAGUCUGUAUAAAUAAAUAAAAACUCAUAAAUCUCAAAUGUAGUGUAAAGUGCAAAUCUCAACAGUUAUCAAAUACAAAAACUUUACUCUUGACUAGAAAAAUGGAAGUAUUAGUUAGGUAAUUAAUGGGAAACCCUUACACAUCCACAUCAAGAGUAGGAAUUUUGACAAUAUCGCAAUAUGCAUUUUUUUUAUCAUAUAAAAAUUAUUCCAGCAUUAUCAUGAAGGAUACAAUAUGGCACACCUGUAAUUUAUAUUCAGAUAUCCGUUUAUAGGGAUAUGCCAUGCAGAAAUGUCGUGUGAACUUAAAACACGUACAGAAAAUACCAAUUAAGUUGCUAAUUGGACUUUAAACAAAUGUCAGGUUCCCAUUCAAGUCAAAGAGAAUUUUGAAGUGAAAUUCUGAAAUGUGGCAUUAAAGGGAAUGUGAAUUAGUGAAAUUCUAUCAGCUGGUUUAGAACGAAUAAAGAAAGCUGCAGUAACAUACUUUGGUCAGAAGAUGGCAGUGUAAUGUAGCUGUAGGCUAGCAGACAUAACUUGGCGGAAACUUAACAUAAUUUAGCUUCUUCUUCUUUAAACAGCUGAUUGGUCAGUUGAGUUAAAUGUUCACUACGUUACGUUACUAUUUAAAAAGGAAAAAAAAGAAGACAAAAAGACCUCAAAUGAGUGUAGAAACUUUCAUGCACAUUUUCGAGUUUCCGUCAAAUUUUUCUCAUGAGAAUCUUCCAAAUUAGUUAAUGGAAACUGAUGGGUUCCAAGAUUAUUAGCCUCCAAAACCAAUGGCGACAAGAAGCCACCACCAUUAAACCAAACAUAUAAUAUUAAAAUAUAAAUAAUUUCGAUGCUGAUAACAGCAGGCCUGUAAUUUACAGAGCCAGUCUGUAAAAUAACACAUUCAGUUGGACUUCCAUCUUCCUAAUUUUCAUUGUUUUAAUACAUACUUCAAACAUAUAUAUGCAUUUUGUGGAUGGAUGACAGUGUUGUUUGAUUCCAACACUUCCAGUUAAGAGUGUUUCUGUCAGCACUGGACAAACUUUAUCUUUUUUUUUUAAGCUUUAACAAAUGAAAAGAUUUACUUUUCUUUUCAAUGACUCAUCUCCUCCCUACCCGGCUCGCUCGCUUCCAUUUAUGUUAAAACAUUUCUGUCCAUCACAUUGUCUGUUUAUUUCUUGAUCGUCAUCUGCAUUCAGACAAAAGGCAAGUCGAGAAGAAUUGAUUGAAAUCUAGUAGAGUUUCCACAGAGACGGAGGCAGAUUUAGAUGCGAGUGCCGGUGUGUGUACCGGUGUGUGUUACGAGGGCUCUGACAGUUUGUGACUAGUAUGAGCUGAGACGUCCUGCCCCCCACCCCCCCCUGCUGCCAUCCACGCCGCCCGCCUCCAUUGACUUGUUGUUGAUUGUGGUAAAUGCUAGUGCCUUUGCUGUAUUGUGAAACUGGAUAUUGAUUGUACUGUUGUACCGACAGGGCCUGGGGAUAGUCAGGCACUCUAUUUAUUAUUGUUGACUCAAAUCAAUCAUAUUUUUCUAUGUAAGUGCUUUAAAUAAAUUUGCCCUUUUUUAA